AAGCACUCCACUUGGAAGGGGAACCCAAUCCUUCUGCAGCCCCAACAUCUACUUUAACAUCUAGGAAAAUGCCCAAAAGAUGCUGAUAUCAACACCCAAACUCCCAGAAUCAUUAUGUUUCUUUCAUUUUGUUGGCAGCAUUUCAAUAUCCAAACAACUGGCUUCAAUAAAAGCUCUGGGGAAGGGCUCAGACCUGGAAAAAGCCAUCGCCACUGCAGCUCUGAUUUUCAGAAACUCUUCUGAUCCUGAUGGUAAACUUGGAAAACCUACUGCCAAAAAUCUGCUGCAAACCCAAUUUAGGAACUUCACAGAGGGACAAGAAACCAAGCAAAAAUACAAAGACCUCCUUUCUGAACUUGAUGAGCAUACAGAAAAUAAGCUUGAUUUUGAGGAUUUCAUGAUCUUGCUCUUGAGCAUCACUGUAAUGUCAGAUUUGCUACAAAAUAUAUGGAGUGUAAAGACUACGAAAUAAACAGCUUUAAAUACGUCAUUAGACAAAAUAGCAGCAAAAAGUGUUAAACGAUUAAAGAUUUUUCCAUUUUAUUUUUAAUUAAUUGAACAUACUGAUUGUGCAUCUGGAAUUGCCUGGAAUGGUUCUGAUUGCUAAUAUUCAGAUCCACUAUAACUCCCAAACUCUGUGCAUACUCUUCAGGAAUGUUUGAAUAAUACGGUCUCUGGGUGCAUUACAAUAUGAUAGAUUUGGUACCGCUGAAUAUCAGAUUGCUUUUCUGAAUCAACAAUGACUUAGAGUACUUUCCCUAUCAUCAUUGAGUCACUCAUUGAUUCAUUCGUUCAUUAAACAAUAUUUGUUGAGCAUCUACUUGAUGGUGCUGCUGAGGAUACAGCAAUGAACCAGCAGGACAGUCUCUGCCCUGUGACAUGCCUGCAGAAGGCCAGCAGAAGAGACGGACAUUUAACAAUUUAUUAAUCAAUUCAUAUGCAGUAUAAUGAUAAUUGUGGUAAGGCCUGCAGGAUGCUGAAAGAGCUCUUAUCACCUAACCUGGGCUCAAAGGUCAGAGAUGCUUUACUGACAUUCUGCGAAAGGCAAAACUACAGGGGAAGAAAAACCAGAUGAGUGGUUGCCAGGGCUGUGGGUGGGAAGUGGAGCUGUCCACAGAUGGUCACCAGGGAACUUUCCAAGGGGAUAGAAACGCUCUCUGUCUUGAUUGUGGUAGUGGUUACCUGACUGAACACAUCUGUCAAACUCCUAGAACUACACACUGAAAAGGGUGAAUUUUAUUGUAUGUAAAUUAUAUCGAA